GCGCACAAAGAAGUCAUCGGCCCUGCCGGAAUUAAAGAGAUUGUACAGCAGGAAGAUGUCACCUCUUAUCAGGCGGGUUUCAAGGGGGUACAGUUUCAAGAUGCAGAGUCCGUCGGGGUCCGUGUGGCUUUCUAUGUCUACACCCAGUGGCCAGUUGUCGUGUUGUAUCUUCUCGUCGGCGAAAAGGACAACGUCUCCAACCUNUGGUGGGUUGAAGUGCCGUUGGGUCCCAAAUGGCGACAGUCGGUCUUGCAGGGCGCGUUUGUCUAUCCGCGUCAACCGGUCGCUCAACUCCUUUUGUGCACCGACGAAAUUGGACCCGUUGUCGGAGAACACAUUCGAUGGAUUACCUCGUCUACCAACGAAUCUCUGCCAGGCCAUAAGAAAGGAGUCGGUCGACAUGCUGCGCACGGUCUCUAUAUGCAAAGCUGGCGACUGCAGGCAUGUCAUCAGGCAUCCGUACCGUUUCUCCAUCGACGUCCUUUGUUUCACCCAUAGCGUUCCGAAGUAG